GGGGCGGGCUCCGGGCGGUUGGUUGGCGAGGCGCCGCAGCCGAGAGGUCCGGGAAAGUUUCUUUGGAGGUGCGGCCGGGAGCGGCCAUGUCCCACGGCCCCAAGCAGCCCGGCGCGGCCGUCGCGCCGGCGGGCGGCAAGGCUCCUGCACAGCAUGGGGGCUUCGUGGUGGCUGUCAAGCAAGAGCGCGGCGAGGGCCCGCGAGCCAGUGACAAGGGGUCCCACGAGGAGGAGCCUGUGAAGAAGCGAGGCUGGCCCAAGGGAAAGAAGCGAAAGAAGAUCCUGCCAAAUGGCCCCAAAGCACCUGUCACUGGCUACGUGCGCUUCCUGAACGAGCGCCGAGAGCAGAUUCGCACGCGCCACCCGGACCUGCCCUUUCCUGAGAUCACCAAGAUGCUGGGUGCCGAGUGGAGCAAACUGCAGCCCACAGAGAAGCAGCGGUACCUGGAUGAGGCCGAGCGGGAGAAGCAGCAGUACAUAAAGGAGCUGCGCGCGUACCAGCAGUCAGAAGCCUACAAGAUGUGCACCGAGAAGAUCCAGGAAAAGAAGAUCAAGAAAGAGGACUCGGGCUCCGGGCUCAUGAAUACCCUCUUGAAUGGACACAAGGGUGGGGACUGCGAUGGCUUCUCCACCUUUGAUGUCCCCAUUUUCACUGAAGAGUUCUUGGACCAAAACAAAGCUCGGGAGGCGGAGCUGCGGCGCCUGCGGAAGAUGAACGUGGCCUUCGAGGAGCAGAACGCGGUGCUGCAGAGGCACACCCAGAACAUGAGCAGCGCGCGCGAGCGCCUGGAGCAGGAGCUGGCGCUGGAGGAGCGGCGGACGCUGGCGCUGCAGCAGCAGCUCCAGGCCGUGCGCCAGGCGCUCACCGCCAGCUUCGCCUCGCUGCCCGUCCCCGGUGCGGAAACCCCCGCCCCCCACCGGGAGUUCUUGUCCCCGCGAAUCCUGCUCCUUCCUUCAAACCCCCACCCGGGCCACCAGGGAGGUCAUGCCCCUUGGGGUCCCGCCCUCCCUUUGCCCAGACCCUGGAAGUAG